AUGGCGGAUGAGGAAUCAUGCUCUGAUUGUAGAAUUGAAAUUAUUGAAACGAUUUGGGCUGAAAUAUUAUUAAACUGGUUAAAUAACUGUGUAAUCGGUAACGAGGAGCCAUUGGACAUAAACAGCUUAGAGUAUAUUGUAAAUAAAUACAAAGAUGAUGUUUGCUGUGAUGAUUUUGAUAAAGCUUUGCUUGCUUCUAAUUUGGAUGGAUUUAUCAAAUACAAAUUUCCUAUAUUACGGCUAAGCAUUUUAGAUGAGGGUAAUCAAAAAUUUUACAUACUGACAUCUGUAUUACUAUACUAUUGCUGUACCAACACAAAAGGGCAAGUUUAUUCUGACAUUAGUACCAACAUCAGCGAAACAGAGCAGAUUAUGAUAAUAAAAUUUUGUGAGAUAUUAUCAACUAUGGAAGUAACAAUCAACAAUGUUAAGGCGGCCAUUGAAGGCGCUUAUACAUCUAUACACCAAGAGAAAGUAAAUUUGGAACAAAAACUAAAUGAAACUAACUCAGAUUUAUCAAAAUCUGAUAUUUUAGUGGACUCUUUAUCGAAACUAAAAAGCAAUACAAUUCAGGCGAAAAUACAGUUCAAAUCGUCUAUAACCGUUUUGCCAUCUGUUGUUGACGAAACUUCUAGAUCCUUAGAUUUUUCUGAUGAUUCCUGUUUAAAUGCUUACCUCAUGAUGAAUCAAUCUGUUUGUCCUGAAAAAGAUAUGUUAAGAAAAAAUACAGUGAAAGAAAGAUCGGAAGACUUUUAUCAAGAGAGGAUCGAACCAAUGAUCAACCCUAACAUUUAUGCACAAUCCCAUCAAAUACAACACCAAUCUUUAAAUUUCAUAGAAUCUUCAAGUCAUUUCUGUCAACCUGACUGCGCAUGUACAAGGUGCAGUCCAACUGGUCCCUGCUGCGGAGACCCUGGGUGUACUAAGAAGAUGUGCGAUGAUAAGAAAAGUAGUAUAUUUAGACGAAUAAUUACUAAAAUGACGUGGAACAAAAAGGGUAUAAAGGACAGAGUUACAAAUCCAGCCACAAAUAUAAGUACAUAUAAUUCUCAAAGUCAAUGUACACUUUUGUGUACGGGCCCUCAGCUCUGGCCUUAUCCAAUAGGCUAUACCUAUUUUAGUAAAACUAUUGUAACAUUGUCAACAAAAAAGAUGGAAUAUAAAUUUAAAUCUGUCCCAUCAGAAGAAGUAAGGCAAUAUCUAGCUGAAGCUUUUAAAUUGUUUGUAAAAGAUUUGGCUAAAAUGGAAAGAAAUAAUUCAAUAAACCGUCAAAAGCAAGAUUUAUCUGUGAAGAGAAUGAUUGUACAAAUCGAUAUAGAAGGCGAUCCUGAUGCCAGAUUAAGACUAAAUACAGAUGAGUCGUAUAUUUUGAGAAUAGAUUCAGUAAAUGAUGACAUUUUCAUCAAAAUUAGCUCAGUUUCUUUUUGUGGAACACGUCAUGGGCUUGAAACUUUGACCCAAUUGCUUUUAAUUGAUCAAAGUACAGGAUAUUUAAUAACAUUAUCAAACAUACUUAUAAACGAUAAUCCUACGUAUAAGUAUAGAGGAUUGAUGAUUGAUACUGUACAUAAUUAUAUACCAGUUAUUGAUCUAGUACGAACAAUAGACGCCAUGUCUACAUGUAAAUUGAAUACUCUUCACUGGAGAAUAGACAUGACUAGUUUUCCCAUUGAAAAUAAUGCUGUUUUUCAAUAUGGGCCAUGUGAUAAAUCAAUGGUAUAUUCAAAGAAGGAUAUAAGUUAUACAGUCAAAAGAGCGGGGGUUCGAGGAAUUCGUGUUUUGAUUGAAAUUGCUGUUCCGGGUAUUAUAGGGUCACCUUGGGCUUGGAUCAAUGAAUUGACUUGUCCAAAAAAUAAUCUGACAUCUAACCCAGUGUCUAUACAAGACAUAUUUAAUGUUCUUCAAAGAAUGUAUUCGUUAAUAAUAGAAAUAACCAAAGUCGAUGAUAUAUUUCAUUUGGGUCAGAACAUGUUUCCGCUGAUUAACUGUUAUGAAAUGACAGAUAUAGAUUAUUUUGACAAAGCGUUAGAAUAUUUAAAGAUGGCAAAUAAAGGGUUCUUGCCAAAGUUACCUAUUAUUUGGUACGAGGCUAAUAUAAUAAGAUACUUUGAUGAGACGUGGCCAAGAUUUGGAGUGCAAUACAAAGAUUUAACAAAUCCAAAUUUAAGCAAAUUCAAAGUUAUACAUUCAACGAAAUGGGAUUUAUCUUGUAAUUUAGACUACCACGUGUGGCCUCGAGCCGCGACGGUAGCAGAGCGACUGUGGUCCGACAUAUUCGCUAAUACGAGUGUUGAUAAAUCGGUUUAUGUCCCGUAUGCUCCGUCGUGGUAUAAACGUCCAGCCGAUUUGGCCGGCGUGGUGCAGCUUCAAUCCGACCACAUGUCUUCAAAAUGUACAUUAAAA